UACUUUAAGGGCUUUCCCUCGUUGAAGCACACCUUCACAUCGCCAAGCUUCUGUGAGUCACUCACUUAAUGUAACUCAAACUCCAAAGGACAGAAAAUGUCGAAUGUGAAGAAGAGAAAUUCGGGGCUCCGCGACGAAGACGAGAACCAGCAGGCGGCGGAGAAGAUGCUCGGGGACGCGUCAGGCUCCGGUGGUCCCGUGGAGGCAGCGGACAGAGAGGAGACGGUGGUGCUGCAGCGCACCAUCACGUUGGUGAACGGCGUGGCCAUCAUCGUGGGCACCAUCAUCGGCUCGGGGAUCUUCGUGACGCCGACCGGCGUGGUGAAGGAGGCGGGCUCGGUGGGUCUGUCGCUGGUGGUGUGGGCGGUGUGCGGUGUGUUCUCCACGGUGGGCGCGCUGUGCUACGCCGAGCUCGGGACUACCAUCACCAAGUCCGGCGGCGACUACGCCUACAUCCUGGAGGUGUACGGCUCGCUGCUCGCUUUCCUCAAGCUCUGGAUCGAGCUGCUCAUCAUCAGGCCGUCGUCUCAGUACAUUGUAGCCUACGUCUUCGCCACAUACCUGCUCAAGCCUUUGUUCCCGGUGUGUCCGGUUCCUGAGACCGGCGCCAAGCUAGUCGCGUGCCUGUGCAUCCUGCUGUUGACGGCGGUGAAUUGCUACAGUGUUCGCGCCGCCACCCGAGUCCAGGACGCCUUCGCUGCUGCUAAGCUUCUUGCUCUGGGAAUCAUCAUCAUUAUCGGCUUUGUGCAGAUUGCCAUAGGUGAUACAACGGAACUUGCCCCAGAGAAUGCCUUCAAAGGAACCAACAGUGACUUCGGGAACAUCGGCUUGGCUCUCUACAGCGGCCUUUUUGCAUACGGAGGCUGGAAUUAUUUGAAUUUUGUCACUGAAGAAAUGAUCGAGCCGUACAAAAAUCUGCCACGUGCCAUCAUCAUCUCGCUGCCCAUCGUCACCAUCGUCUACGUGCUGACCAACCUUGCCUACUUCACCACUCUCAGCCCUGAGCAGAUGCUCAAUUCUGAGGCUGUAGCUGUGGAUUUUGGGAACUUUCACUUGGGCCCCAUGGCGUGGAUCAUCCCAGUAUUUGUGGGACUUUCCUGCUUCGGCUCAGUCAACGGCUCGCUGUUCACCUCAUCCAGGUUGUUCUUUGUGGGGUCACGUGAAGGUCAUCUUCCCAGCUUGCUGUCCAUGAUUCACCCGAACCUGCUCACCCCACUGCCCUCACUCCUUUUCACCUGCUUGAUGACGCUCCUCUAUGCCUUUUCCAAUGAUAUCUUCUCAGUUAUCAACUUCUUCAGCUUCUUCAACUGGCUCUGCAUUGCCAUGGCGAUCGUCGGAAUGAUGUGGCUGCGCUACAAGAAACCUGAGCUUGAGCGGCCAAUCAAGGUGAACAUCCUGUUGCCUGUAUCCUUUGUUUUGGCGUGUCUCUUCCUGAUCGUGGUGUCCAUCUGGAAAACUCCAGUCGAGUGCGGCAUCGGAUUCGGCAUCAUCGCCACCGGCGUUCCCGUCUACUUAAUUGGCGUCUGGUGGCAGAACAAACCCAAAUGGCUCCAGCAGUUAAUCUUCUCGACCACGGCGGCCUGUCAGAAGGUGUUGGAAGUCGUGCCUCAGGAGUCAUGAGGGGAAAAAAAUUGAUUCUGCACACAAAUUAAGACAAAUUUUCAUCUUUUCCCUCUGACCUGUACCUGCUGCAGCCAGGCACGCCCUCCACGAGCUUUCCAAGAGGGUAAACCAUUAUAAAUCCAUGCCUAAAUGGGGGAAAACAAACGACAAGAGACGUCUGAAUGAGUGCAGGAUUCUUUUUUUAAAGUUUCCUCUAACCUUUAUCUGAUUUUUUAUAUAUUAGUUUGUUUGUUUUUUUUAUCUACGCUUGAGCAUUGUUUCUCCUUAUUAAUUCCUUUUUUUAAAUUUGACAUUCCUUUCAUCAUUUUAAGUUUAGCGUGGCAUCGUCAGUGUCUCCUCAUCAUUUCGGCUACUAAAGCUACUGUAAAAUAUGGCCGUGUGUGUCUGUGUGUGUGUCUGUGUGUGUGUCUGUGUGUGUGUCUGUGUCUGUGUCUGUGUCUGUGUGUGUGUCUGUGUGUGUGUGUGUCUGUGUGUGUAAGAGCAAUGGUGUGAGUGUAUAGUGGUGAAUUAAGCAUUUCUCUGCAAUUACAGCAUGCGCUUCAAACUCAAACGUUUUUGAACACCCUAAUUUUCUUAGGUUUAAUCACUAUUACAAAACCAAAAGGUACAGAAUGGAAGAAGAUAUGAAGCAUGUUAUAUAAUAAUUAUAAUGAACAAAUAAUUCUGAUAAAUUCUAAUAAACAAAAUAGAUUAUAAUUAGUAACUAAUCUCUCAGUCUCACUCUCAGAUCCUAUUUUAAUAAGAGACUCAAAAGAUACACUAAUGAUUUAAUUUGUCACCGAAAUCUCAAUCUGUUUCUGAUAAAAUAAAAUCACAAACGUUAGCUUGCGUAGGUUUUCUCAUCGGAGUGCUUAAAAGCAGCCCAUGACACGAUGUUUAUUCAAAAUGUUAACAUAAGGUGUUCAAGAAUCUUUGACUGUGAGCGUAGACUAGACAAUUGCAGCUCAUCCGUGUCCGUUUUUUGAUAAGUCGCCUUGUUGUUAGUUGAAUUUUUUUUAUUAUUAUUAUUAUUUUUUUACAUAGAGUUAGCUUGCUGUGAGUUAAUUGAAUACCAUUUAUAAAAAUGCACACAGCACUAACAUUAACAAUAGGAAUGUUUUGGAAUCAAACUUUCUCGAUGCGUCUGUGUGAUGUGAUGAGAUGUUUGGAAAUCUGUCUGCACUGGAGUUCUGUCCCUUUCAGAAACUUGAACCGAGACCUUUUGUUUGAAUGCAGGACGAAGUGGUGAAAUUUAUUUUCACAAACAAAAAACAAUAUUGUGUGUUCUCUUGAAAUAAUUCAUACAUUUCUACACUGGUCUUCUUUUUUUUUUUU